CUUCCUUAUCUGUCUUUAGUUAAGCUGGAAUCUGACCGAAACCACAUUCAAAGAAAAUAAGGAAUUUAAACGCAUGAACCUCCUCUCUUGAAACCCGGUCUUUCGUCAUCUUCUUCUCUCAUCAUUCCUCUCUUCUGAUUCAACUACUCAUCUUUCGUAGAGCUUCAAAUUAAUGGGGGGAGUUCAAGAUUUUGCACUCACCCAGAUGAGGAAAGCAGUGGAGAAGCUCGGUUCUUCUGCUGAGAUGUAUGAAGGACCAACGCUGAUGAGGUUCUUGAUUGCAAGAUCAAUGGACCCAAAUAAAGCAGCCAAGAUGUUUGUUCAGUGGCAGAAGUGGAGGGCUUCAAUGGUGCCUAAUGGUUUCAUCUCAGAAUCUGAAAUAACAGUUGAAUUAGCUGCAAGAAAGGUCCUUUUGCAGGGUUUGUCUCAGGAUAAAUACCCUUUGUUGAUUGUUCAAGCCUGCAAGCAUUUUCCUUCCAAGGAUCAGCUUCAAUUUAAGAAAUAUGUUGUUCAUUUGCUUGACAAGACAAUCGCAAGUGCUGUGAAAGGAAGGGAGAUAGGAAAUGAAAAGUUAAUUGCGGUUGUUGAUUUGAAGCAUCUCGCAUAUAAAAACAUUGAUGCGCGGGGGUUCAUCACAGGUUUUCAAUUUUUACAGGCUUACUACCCUGAACGUCUAGCAAAGCUCUAUGUUAUACAUAUGCCUCAGUUUUUUGUGAGUGUUUGGAAACUAAUUUGUCGUUUCCUUGAGAAGGCAACACUAGAAAAGAUAGUAAUUGUAGGCAAUGAGGAGGAGAGAAGACAGUUUAUAAAAGAUGUUGGAGAAGAGGUUCUACCAGAAGAGUAUGGUGGACGGGCAAGGUUCAUUGCUGUCCAAGAUGCUGUAUUGCCGCCAUUGCAGAAUGGAAGAAAGUGAUUGUUAUGCCGAUUACAUUAACAAGUCUUCAAUAACGUACUGGUGGGAAAUUGGAGAUAAUGAUGGGGGGAAAAAAUCUAAUGAAUAAAAGCUUAAGGAAUGUUGGGAAUUAUUAAUGCUUUAAUUGUAUUGUUUACUAUGUACCCACAGUUUAUUUUUCUUCUCUCGUACUCUAUGUAGAAAGCUACGUCAAUGGUUAUAAUGAACUAUUGUUCCUUUUA